AUGUUCAUGGCUUGUCUGAAUAUAGAUUUGGAGUGUGGUGAAAAUGAGGAGGCAUUACGUUGCAAGCGAUUUUGUCCCCCCGACACAUGCAAUUGGGAUCCCACUCGGUUGGACUGCAGACAGCCCGUGGAAUGCGAGCCUGGAUGUAACUGUAAGGCAGGAUACAAGAGAGACGAAAAUGGAAUUUGUAUACUCGAAGAGAACUGCCCACAGUUUUGCAAUGGUGAUCGCAAUGCAACGUACACGGAUUGUCCCAGUCGAUGCUUUACCUGCAAUCCGGCGAACGCUAUUUGUACUAAGGAUUGUCGACCCAAAGGCUGUCAGUGCAACCCUGGUUAUUAUCUCACUGACGAUGGUAUUUGCGUUUUACCUCAGGAUUGUCCACCUCCUGUAAAAUGUACCCGCAUCAAUGAGAGAUGGGAUCCCUGCCCCCCACCAUGUUUCUCAGAAUACUGCGGUAGUUUGGAAGUGGUGCCAAAAACAUGCAACACUUUACUUCCUCAUGUGUGCAGACCGCAGUGCGUUUGUCUAGAAGACUACCGCAGAGACUUUGACACAGACGAGUGUAUACCUAUUAACGAUUGCCCACCUGUCUGUGGGGAAAAUGAAGUACCUUCGGAAUGCAGUGACAACUAUCCGCGCUCACUCGCCGUUGACGGAGCUGCAGUGGAUAGAAUCAGAUGCGUGCCAGGAUGCAGUUGUCAGGAGGGAUACUUGAGAAACAGUAAAGGAGUAUGCGUUUCACUGGACGCUGUGUGUGGAAUAAAUGAAGAAACCAACUUUUGUAUAGCCUUAGCAGGGUUUUAUUGUCCACCUUGUAGAUGUAUCAGUGGUUAUAAAUAUGAUAGCAAUGGAGAAUGUAUUCCAGAUGUUAUACCUUGCGGUCGAAAUGAAACGUAUGCCCAAUGCAAGUUCGAUUGUCCCACAACCUAUUGUCCAAGCGACGACAGCAUAUUCCAAGUGGCGUGCUUACCACCGAACCCUUGCCUUGGAGGAUGUGUCUGUAAGGGCAAUUAUUUACGAACCAAUGAUAGAAAAGAAAGGUGUAUCAUAGCAUCUGACUGCCCUCCUGUAAAAUGUACCCGCAUCAAUGAGAGAUGGGAUCCCUGCCCCCCACCAUGUUUCUCAGAAUACUGCGGUAAUUUGGAAGUGGUGCCAGAAAUAUGCAACACUUUACUUCCAUAUGUGUGCAGACCGCAGUGUGUUUGUCUAGAAGACUACCGCAGAGACUUUGACACAAACGAGUGUAUACCUAUAAACGAUUGCCCACCUGUCUGUGGGGAAAAUGAAGCACCUUCGGAAUGCAGUGACAACUAUCCGCGUCCACUCGCCGUUGACGGAGCUGCAGUGGAUAGAAUCAGAUGCGUGCCAGGAUGCAGUUGUCAGGAGGGAUACUUGAGAAACAGCAAAGGAGUAUGCGUUCCACUGGACGCUGUGUGUGGAAUUAAUGAAGAAACCAACUUUUGUAUAGCCUUAGCAGGGUUUUAUUGUCCACCUUGUAGAUGUAUCAGUGGUUAUAAAUAUGAUAGCAAUGGAGAAUGUAUUCCAGAUGUUAUACCAUGCGGUCGAAAUGAAACGUAUGCCCAAUGCAAGUUCGAUUGUCCCACAACCUAUUGUCCAAGCGACGACAGCAUAUUCCAAGUGGCGUGCUUACCACCGAAUCCUUGCCUUGGAGGAUGUGUCUGUAAGGGCAAUUAUUUACGGACCAAUGAUAGAAAAGAAAGGUGUAUCUUAGCAUCAGACUGCCCUCCUGUAAAAUGUACCCGCAUCAAUGAGAGAUGGGAUCCCUGCCCCCCACCAUGUUUCUCAGAAUACUGCGGUAAUUUGGAAGUGGUGCCAGAAAUAUGCAACACUUUACUUCCAUAUGUGUGCAGACCGCAGUGUGUUUGUCUAGAAGACUACCGCAGAAACUUUGACACAAACGAGUGUAUACCUAUAAACGAUUGCCCACCUGUCUGUGGGGAAAAUGAAGUACCUUCGGAAUGCAGUGACAACUAUCCGCGCCCACUCGCCGUUGACGGAGCUGCAGUGAAUAGAAUCAGAUGCGUGCCAGGAUGCAGUUGUCAGGAGGGAUACUUGAGAAACAGCAAAGGAGUAUGCGUUCCACUGGACGCUGUGUGUGGAAUAAAUGAAGAAACCAACUUUUGUAUAGCCUUAGCAGGAUUUUAUUGUCCACCGUGUAGAUGUAUCAGGGGUUAUAAAUAUGAUAGCAAUGGAGAAUGUAUUCCAGAUGUUAUACCUUGCGGUCGAAAUGAAACGUAUGCCCAAUGCAAGUUCGAUUGUCCCACAACCUAUUGUCCAAGCGACGACAGCAUAUUCCAAGUGGCGUGCUUACCACCGAAUCCUUGCCUUGGAGGAUGUGUCUGUAAGGGCAAUUAUUUACGGACCAAUGAUAGAAAAGAAAGGUGUAUCUUAGCAUCUGACUGCCCUCCUGUAAAAUGUACCCGCAUCAAUGAAAGAUGGGAUCCCUGCCCCCCGCCAUGUUUCUCAGAAUAUUGCGGUAAUUUGGAAGUGGUGCCAAAAACAUGCAACACUUUACUUCCUCAUGUGUGCAGACCGCAGUGCGUUUGUCUAGAAGACUACCGCAGAGACUUUGACACAGACGAAUGUAUACCUAUUAACGAUUGUCCACCUGUCUGUGGGGAAAAUGAAGUACCUUCGGAAUGCAGUGACAACUAUCCGCGCCCACUCGCCGUUGACGGAGCUGCAGUGGAAAGAAUCAGAUGCGUGCCAGGAUGCAGUUGUCAGGAGGGAUACUUGAGAAACAGCAAAGGAGUAUGCGUUCCACUGGACGCUGUGUGUGGAAUAAAUGAAGAAACCAACUUUUGUAUAGCCUUAGCAGGGUUUUAUUGUCCACCGUGUAGAUGUAUCAGUGGAUACAAAUAUGACAGCAAUGGAGAAUGUAUUCCAGAUAUUAUACCAUGCGGUCGAAAUGAAACGUAUGCCCAAUGUAAGAUCGAAUGUCCCACAAACUACUGUCCGAGAGACGACAACAUAUUCCAAGUGGCGUGCUUACCACAAUGGCCUUGCCCUGGAGGAUGCGUCUGUCAGGGCAACUAUCUACGAACCAAUGAUGAGGAAGAACGGUGUAUCUUAGCUUCAGACUGUCCUCCUGUAGAAUGUACUCGGAACAAUGAAAGAUGGAACCCCUGUCCUCCACCGUGUUUCUCAGAAUUCUGCGGUUCGGAAAUGCCGAAAAUAUGCAACACUCCUCAUAAGUGCAGACCGCAGUGCGUUUGUCUAAAAGACUACCGCAGAGAUUAUUCCACAAACGAGUGUAUACCUAAAAACGAGUGCCCUGCAGUUGUCUUGUAAUCUAUGACGAUUAUACAUGAAACAUGAAUAUAUAGAGAACAGUGGUACCAUCAUUCUCAAACAAUCAAAUUCCAGAUAAAAUUAGUCGAAAUUAUUCCUUUUUUCUUGAUAUUAAUUGGUGUACG